UCGACGCGGCCGAGCGAUGCAGCAUUAAACUCUCCGGGAAAUUGGCUCCAAUGGCCAAUGGCCAAUGCCAUUGUUUCCCCUCUCCCCGCUCCCUCCUUCUCUCUCUGAACUCGAGAAAUUCGACGUCUGGGAUCAGGUUUUCGUUUCUUCCAUUUCUCUCCUCCCAGUUUUUUCAUAGCUGUUGCAGGAAAACCACCGGAGAAAACGACGAAAUGAAGGGGGGACACAACAGCUACAAGGUCCUCUGUUUCAGUAGGAAGUUCAAGAUCACUGAGGCCCAACCGCCGCCCGACGUCAGAGAUGCCUUCGCUACGUUUUCCGGUGGCGGGGACUACAUGACCGCCGAUCAACUGCUCCGUUUUCUGGUGGAUCAACAAGGAGAGGAGGAAGUUACCCUAUCUCAGGCCGAGCAGAUUAUCGAGCAGGUCUUGCAGAAGCGACGGAGCUCUGACAACAACCCCUCCCAACCCUCCGAUCAGGGUUUCACCCUUGAUGAUUUCUUCCACUAUCUCUUCAUGGAUAGUUUCAAUGGUCCCAUUAAAUCUAAGGUACAUCAUGAUAUGAAUGCUCCAUUGUCACAUUAUUUCAUAUAUACAGGGCACAACUCUUACCUUACUGGGAAUCAACUUAGUAGUGAUUGUAGUGAUGCUCCCAUAAUAAAGGCUUUGAAGAGAGGGCUGCGGGUAGUUGAGCUCGAUUUAUGGCCAAAUUCAGCUAAAGAUGACGUUCAUGUUCUUCAUGGAAGGACUUUAACCAGCCCUGUGACUCUCUUGAAGUGUUUGAAGUCUAUAAACAAGCAUGCUUUUGAGACAUCUCCAUAUCCUGUCAUUAUUACUCUUGAAGAUCAUCUUACUCCUGGUCUUCAAGCUAAAGUUGCGGAGAUGGUAACUGGAAUAUUUGGAGAUACACUGUUCUACCCUCAGGAAGAUAGCUUGUCAGAAUUCCCUUCUCCAGAAUCCCUGAAAUAUAGAAUCAUUAUUUCAACAAAGCCACCAAAAGAGUACCUAGAAUCUAAGAAGAAAAAAGACAAGGUUUUAUGUGAUGGAAAAGAGUCAUCAGAAGAGGAAACAUCAGGAAAGGAGACUCCAGACCUUAUGACUGUUUUUGAAGUUGAGGAACUGAGUGAAAGUGACCCAGAUGAUGAAGAAACCAGUGCAGUGGAGAGCAAACCGUUACAGCAAGGUGCACCUGAAUACAAACGUCUAAUCACAAUUCAUGCUGGGAAACCAAAAGGUGGCUGCUUAAAGGAUGCAUUGAAGGUACAUGGUGACAAAGUUAGGCGCCUUAGCUUGAGUGAGCAGGCACUUCAAAAGGCCGUAGCCUCUAAUGGAACUGAUGUUGUAAGGUUCACACAGACGAAUGUUUUGAGAGUUUACCCCAAAGGGACACGGGUCACGUCUUCAAAUUUCAGGCCAAAUAUUGGGUGGAUCCAUGGAGCUCAGAUGGUGGCUUUAAAUAUGCAGGGCUAUGGAAGAUCAUUGUGGCUGAUGCAUGGGAUGUUUAGAGCCAACGGAGGGUGUGGUUACUUGAAAAAACCCGACUUCCUCUUGCAAAAAGGCCCACAAAAUGAGGUCUUUGAUCCCAAGAAAGCUUUACCAGUGAAGGAAACGUUAAAAGUAACCGUAUAUUUGGGGGAUGGAUGGAGCUCUGACUUUAGCCAAACGCAUUUUGACAACUACUCCCCACCAGACUUCUACACAAAGAUUCGUAUUGUUGGGGUGCCAGCUGAUGCAGCGAAGAAGAAGACAAAGACUAUUGAGAACAAUUGGGUGCCUAUUUGGAACGAAGAGUUCAAGUUCCCAUUGACAGUUCCAGAGCUUGCUUUGAUGCAGCUUGAAGUUCGAGAUUUUGACAGGUCGGAGAAAGAUGAUUUUGGCGGGCAGACAUGUUUGCCCAUCACAGAGCUCAAGCCUGGGAUUCGGGCGGUCCCUCUCUACGACAAGAAGGGAGAGAAAUUAAAGUCCGUAAGGCUUCUCAUGCGCUUCGAGUUUGUAUAAAAUAAUUCCAUUUUCUCCACUGGUUUCUGGAAAUUUUCAUUAAGCCACUUGGAAGCAACCCACUUCUCUGAACACUGAUCCAGAUUCUUGCAUGUCAAAUUCAUAAAUUUGAGAGUUUGUUGUAUUUUCGUGGAAUUAACGAAAUUAAAUUACCAGUAUUUAAGCUUUGUUUGUCA